AUGCAGCCGUAUGAGAGCCAGAUUUUCCAACAGAAAGUCUAUGAAGAGCAAGCAAAACAGCUGCGACAGCACCAAAAGGCUGUAAAGGCUCUGCAACGUCUCACAGCUACAGAAGACACGGUAGAGGAACUCAGACCAGAAGAGAAGUCAGAGCCACUUAUACCAGAAGAGACGGUGGAAGAACUCAUACCAGAAGAGACGGUAGAGGAACUUAUACCAGAAGAGAAAGUAGAAGAACUCAUACCAGAAGAGACGGUAGAGCAACUCACACCAGAAGAGAUGGUAGAGGCACCCAUACCAGAAGGGACGGCAGAGGAACUCAGACCAGAAGAGACGGUCGAGGCACCCAUACCAGAAGAGACGGCAGAGGAACUCAGACCAGAAGAGACGGUAGAAGAACUCAGACCAGAAGGGACGGCAGAGGAACUCAGACCAGAAGAGACGGUAGAAGAACUCAGACCAGAAGAGACUGUAGAGGCACUCACACCAGAAGAGAUGGUAGAGGCACCCAUACCAGAAGAGACGACAGAGGAACUCAGACCAGAAGAGACGGUAGAAGAACUCAGACCAGAAGAGACGGUAGAGGAACUACUCAUACCAGAAGACAGCCAACUGGAAGUCUUACCGGCAGAGAUCCAAGAGGCAGCCGUAACGAAGCAAGCCUCCGCUGAAGAGACUGUGGAUAUUUCUCUGGAGGAAGAAACACAGUCCAUCGCAAAAGGCACCAGAUCUGCUCAUCUCGUGGCUGCAGCGAUGAUAAAGAAGUUAAUUCAAAAAGCCCACAUGGUCCUUGACACUGAGCAGCAGAUCCGUCUUGUCCAAAUGCUUAGAAAAGUGGAGACUGGGGUUCGGAUCCCAGAGGACAGUCAGCUCACAGACAAAGACCUCAAAGCCAUCGGGAAAGCGGCCGCCAAAAGCUUACUGCAGGAGUGUGGCUCGGUGUCUGCUCUAAGCGACAAUAGUUUCACUGAGGAAACUAUGAAACUGAACCUGAACCUCCAACUCAGGUAUUAUUUGGCCCAUGGUCCUCAGACUAGGCCAACGUGCUUCUUUGCAAGGGUUUGGAAGGUCUUCAGAAGAAACCGGAUCAGCUCAGGACCUCUGAGCACCUAUUUGUCAUCUCCCAUCUACUAA